GGUUUUGGACUCGGAGAGGCAAGAGGCUUUUGUAGUUGUCGUUGGUGGUUCACUUAAGGGCUUGUGCCUCUCGAAAGUCGUUUUUUCUUUUUACACGGAAAUUACCUACACCAGGGAGUCCACAUAGGUGUAGUUCACUGUCUUAAGUAAAUAGCUUUGAGGGGGGCGAUAUUCUUCAAGAUUCGAACGACGAAAGGUGGUACUAGAGGGUCUUAAUUAAAAGAUGGGGGCGUUGGCGCUACUGUUCGGAGUCGCAGCGUUUUUCGCAACAGGAGGGACAGCCAACUUUCAGCAGGAAUUAGCAAUAUGGAGCCAAGAUUUGAAACCAGGUUACGUCAUAGAGACGUCCAUUGUUGAUGGCCGGAAAUGCCACUGCAAAGUUCCCGGUUCUACUGUGUCGUCUACGUUACCGACUACGACCAUCAUAACGACGACAGUUACGACGAGCACCAUCCUGCUGAACUCGACGACUUCUACCACUCCGGAAGAGACGACCACAACCCCAGAUUCUACGACCUCAACGUCAAGUACCGUCAUUUCGUCGACUUCUACCACACCGGUGCCUACGUCUUCUUCCACUACAACAAAGCCUGAUACAACAACUUCAAAAACGUCCACUACAACAGAGCCUGCUACAACAACGACGUCAACUUCCACUACAACAAAGCCCGAUACAACAACAGCAACAUCGACGUCCACUACAACAAAGCCUGCUACAACAACAACAUCAACGUCCACUACAACAAAGCCUGCUACAACAACGACGUCAACGUCCACUACAACAAAGCCUGCUACAACAACGACGUCAACGUCCACUACAACAAAGCCUGCUACAACAACGACGUCAACGUCCACUACAACAAAGCCUGCUACAACAACGACGUCAACGUCCACUACAACAAAGCCUACUACAACAACGACGUCAACUUCUUCCACAACAACUACCCCAAAGAAAACAACACAGGCCUCCGGAGGUUGUGGCAGCUGCAGCGAAGACAUCCACCUCAAUCUCGAUAACUACAAUGCUGAAACUUUCACCCUGCACUGGAAGUCGCCCAAUUAUCCGAAUUAUUACCCCGACGGGUGCACUUGUGUCCUCAAUGUUUACCUGGAGAAUCCGGGUACUGUGGACAUAAGUUUCUCUUCCGACUCCAAAAUCUACGACGACUCCAACUGCAAUUACGAUCGGCUGGUAGUGGAGGGAGAUAUCUCCAAUCCUGAUACGCUGUGCGAUGUGUAUAUUUCCAACUACGGCGCUCUGAUGAUGAGGAUGGACGAUACCGAACUGAGUUUCACAGCCACAUUCUACUCGGUGUCAGGUGACUCGGAUCGCCAGGAAGUAGGGUUCGACAUGAAUUUGCUCAUCACACUCUGGGACAUCCGCCGCAGCCUGAAGGACAUUAUGAAGGAGAGGGUGGCCCAUAGGAAGGAACUUCUCCUCGCCAGGAACGUUACGGUUCCCGGGCCUAUAUUAGACCUAUAGACGAAGUCGUUCUCAGAAGUCGUACACCGCCUCUCUUGACACUCCAGAGUAUACCGCCGCUGAAUAAAACACCGUCAUUUGACUGUUUCAAUGAAAACAAGAUUUUCGUUUUAAUACGAAUAAGAUGUUCAUUUUUGAAUUAGGAGGACACGCACAAGGAAAAUUAACACUUUAGACCUUGCUAACAUUAAGAAAAUUGAGAGAGCUAUUCUUUUUCUUACAUAUAUUUUAGAAGAGAGAGAGAGAGAUGAAUAGCAUUCCUUAGAAUCUUAAACAUCUAUAAAAACAGGUAUCUACUGUGGUAAUGGUGUAUUGGAAAGUAUAGGCAAUUCUUUGAAGAAAUCGAUAAUUUGAGACAAAUAAUAAAAAACUAGUUUUUUUUAUUAUAAUUCUAAA